ACAAACUAGUGUGUUGGCUCUGGAAUCAAACUGUUAGAGUUCAAAUCCUGACUGUGCUAUCUGUAGCUGUGGAACUUUGGACAAGUUCAAACCCUCUGCCUCAUCUGUAAAAUGAAGGUGAUAAUUGUACUUACCUUAUAGGCUUGUUAGGAUUAAACAUUGAAAGCACUCAGUAUUUGCUGUCUUUAUUAUAGCCAGUGGUUGGAGAGGUUUGAGAGGUUUGAGUAUCAAUCAGUUAACUGUUCAUGGAACACUAUCUGAUAUUGAUAUUAACCUUGUUGGAGAAAUAUAUAACUCAUUCUGUUGUCAAAUUUUCUUUUUAGCUUUUAAGUGUCUGAUAUUUAUUUACUGUUUUGAUUACCAGGAAUAAUCUAUUAAUAGACUUGUGAUUAUAAGAUUUAAACUGUAAGAUCAUCAACCAGACCAACCUCCAUUUACAGUUGAGCCCAGAGCAAUGAAAUGGAGGCUUCAUGGGAGAAAGACCUGGCAGUCUGCUUCAGUAAAGAUUACAGCCUCAGAAAACCCUAUGGGGCAGUUCUACCAGUCAGAUGAGGUCGCUGUGAGUCAGAAUCGACUCAGUGGCACCCAACAACAACAGCUUAAGAAUGGAUCUUGGUCAAACAGUAUUCUUUUUAUUAUACUUUAGUCAGCUGCUAUAAAUUUAAAAUCUUAAAUGUAUAAUGAGGGUAGUUUAAUUUCUACUUUAUAAGGGAAUCUUGGGUGGAUGGUCUCUCAUAAUUUCAAGUUUCUUUAUUUCAUUUCCGUUAGUAAUUCAGCCAAAAAUUCAUUUGCUUAUUCUUUAAGUGAUAUACUAUCCAAAAUAUAAUCAUUAAUUUAAUUUCAAGUAUUUAUUGAGCACUGUGUAGUUGCUUAUAAAGGACGGAAAGAUAACAAUAAAUGACUUUUUCCUCAAAGAGGUUAUGGGCGAUCAGGCCCUGUUAUUUGUAGUUUCAGAAAAAUUUUUUAUUCGUGUUUUCGUCCUUUCUACCUUUUGCAUGUCAUAUUCAUCUUCUCAGUGGUAUUUUUGUUUUCUUUACUUUUUAACAUGGUUUUAAAAGCAGCCUCUACCACUUUUUCUGAUAGACUGUUUUCUACUUUAAUUGCUUUUCCGUGUCUUUAUCUCAUUUUUCCUAGUUUAGGGUUCUUUGGUUUGAUUUUGGGACUUUUGCGUGUGUCUAAUAUUGUUGUCUUUGCUUUACCAAAUUUGCUUUUAAUAUCAUGGUUUCCCAGUUUCUUCUUAGUUUAAUUUGGUAUUUAGCCUUGAUUGUUGCCUUUACACGUGCUUAUACUCUUUUGUGUAGAAAAGUGAGGAACAAUUUUAUUCUUGUAAGAGUUAGCUGCUGCCUUUGUGGAAUUCGUUUGGUUUUAGGUACCAUAUUAGUCAAAAGUACCUGUAACUUUGUCACUUGAAAAAUAGCUCAAUACUCCCUAUGUUCACUUGGUUUCUAGGUCUAUUCUGGAUAGCAGGUUUUGUGAAGACAUUUAUUCUUUCUUGGACCUCAGAUUUACCAGACAUCUCAUGGUAUUUCUUUUUAUAUUAUUUCUUUAAUGGCUGACAUUUAUUCUCAGUGUAUUUUGUGUAUAUCUUAUUUGCUUGUUGGAUGGCCAGUUUUGUGAUUCACAUAUAAGAUGUGAAAGCUUUGUAGUAUUUGUUUGGAUUGUGUUGAAUUUACUUUUCUCCCUUUACAUAUACCUGUGUUAUAAGCUCACAUCUUUUCUGCUUACUAUAUAUAUUAGCUCCCCCCUCCCCCUUUUUUUAAGACACAGUGACCCUAAUGAAUAUAUGAUUUUAUUAAGUACCAGCUGGAUUUUUAAGUAGGGUGAGCUUUCUGGCCAUAGAGCUUUUUGGUAUUAAUGAAUAUAGUGACAUAUUUGUCAUCUUAUGGUCUAAAUAGAUACGCUCUCUUGUUAUCUGACCUCUUGUGAGUAAAUUCCUGGGAUCUUCCCUAUUGAAUCAAAUUCGGAGUCUAGCUCUGUUUUAGAUGUGAUGAUGUAUCUUUAUCCUGGUGGUAAGAUUCUGUGUUUUUAGAGCAAUGCGUUUCUGGAGAAGAUGCUGUUAGUUGUUUUUAAAGCACUUAAUUGUGUAGGUUGACAACGCAUUUGGGCUACAGUUUCAUCCCAGGUGCUCUAAUUCAUUCCUUAGUCAUUUGUAGAGUUCCUGUUACGUUCCAGGCACUGUGCAGGGUUGGAUAGUAAUCACACAAAUAUAACCAUUGUCCAAGAUAGGCAAGCCCUUCAUGGCUAUUUAGAAAGAGCUCAGUGUUUACUGAUGAUUGUAUAUUUGUAGGAAAGGACACGUUAGUAGAUGCAUACCCACACGGAUUCUUUUAGAUUGAAAAUAUUACUCCAUUUACCUGAAAGAAUACAUGAUAACUUGAUUUCUGUUUUCCAGUUUCUGCCUCUAGUAAACAAGUGUACAGUUAAAUAUCUAAGAACAUAUACCUAACAUAUAAAACUUCAAAUGAGCUUCACUUAAAGGUAAACUGAGCUGAAGAAAACUUCUGUUUAGAUGCUACGAAAAGGAAGAGAAUCUUUUAAAAAUAUUGCAGUAGUUACCUGUUGUUAGGUCCAAGUCUUCAGCAUUUUAAGGAAAUACAGAAUGAUGUAACAUUUGAAUAGAACAAACUUGCAGUUUUUGUACAUUGCUUGCAUUUUGCCAUUUGGAUAUUUCAUAGCUCUUUGCAGGCUAAAAAUAAGGCUUUUAUGAAGUAACUCUAAUGUGGUCACAGGUAUAGAAAAGAAGGUAGGGCAACUUUUCCUGUUUUUCACCUUGCUCUAAUUGUCUUUGGGGGAGCAUUUUAAUUUAGUGGAGCAGUGUAAAAACAUAGCAAGUAGAGAACCAUAAUUAUUUUUAAAAGAUAUUAGCGGAUUCUCUUUAAGUGAGAGCUGGAGUUUUUCUGUCCACGUAUUUUUGUGAUGAAAUAAGAGCAACUUUUGAUACGAAUCUACCACUUAUUGAUUGCUAAUUGUGUAUAGCAUUGUAUGAAAUGCUUUAUGUUCAUUAUUUCAUUUUUUUCUCAGAAAUUCUGUGAAGAUAAGUCCCAUUUUUAUAAACAAUGAAACUAAUGCUUAGAGAGGUUAAAAUAACUUGCCUAGCUCACAGAUCUUGAGUAAGUGGUGGAGGCAGGAUAUAAAGCUUAUGCUUUUAACCUUUAGGUGCAAUUGCCUACUAUUGUAUAUUUUUAUUAUGACAACUUGUAAUUUAAUAGUUCUUUCUAGUUAUACAUGAUUUAAAAGUAAAGGCAAGUUUUCUUUGAGUGUUUAAGCCACUAUCAUUACCUUAUUGCCCUGUUUUAGUAUUUUUCCCCCUAUAAGGGACAGUUUUGACUGUUAGCUGUAGUUCAUUUUAUAAGAUUAUAUCUAUUUUCUUCCUAAGUUGUUCUUUAUCGUUGUUGUAACCUGUUCACAACCAAUACAUAUAGCAAGCGUUAUUUAGCGAGUUUGGAGUCCCUGGCAUGGCGCAAAUGGUUAAGCACUCAACUACUAGCUGAAACCCACCCAGAGGUGCCUCCGAAGACAGGCCUGGUGAUCUGCUGCUGAAAGACCACAGCCUUGAAAACCAUAUGGAGCAGUUCUAUUCUGCACACGGGGUUGCCAUGAAUCAGAAUUGACUUGACGACAACUCAAAACAACAAUACAGAUUUGUGGAUGCACUUAGAUGUUUGCAAUGAGCACUGUGGCUGGCAUGCCCCAGUGUUUUGGAUACCAAUGCAUAGGACUCCAUAGUAAUCGAAUUUACCAGAGGCGAACGUCAUGAGCAUAGUCAUCCCAUUGGGGGUUGAUACAGCAGAAACGUCAUACUUGGAAAUGGCUGCAGGCUCAGAACCAGAAUCUGUAGAAGCUAGCCCUGUGGUAGUUGAGAAAUCCAACAGUUAUCCCCACCAAUUAUAUACCAGCAGCUCGCAUCAUUCACACAGUUACAUUGGUUUGCCCUAUGCGGACCAUAAUUAUGGUGCUCGUCCUCCUCCAACACCUCCAGCUUCCCCUCCUCCAUCAGUUCUUAUUAGCAAAAAUGAAGUAGGCAUAUUUACCACUCCUAAUUUUGAUGAAACUUCCAGUGCUACUACCAUCAGCACAUCUGAGGAUGGAAGUUAUGGUACUGAUGUAACCAGGUGCAUAUGUGGUUUUACACAUGAUGAUGGAUACAUGAUCUGUUGUGACAAAUGCAGUGUUUGGCAACAUAUUGACUGCAUGGGGAUUGACAGGCAGCAUAUUCCUGAUACAUAUCUAUGUGAACGUUGUCAGCCUAGGAGUUUGGAUAAAGAGAGGGCGGUGCUACUACAACGUCGGAAAAGGGAAAAUAUGUCAGAUGGUGAUACCAGUGCAACUGAGAGUGGUGAUGAGGUUCCUGUGGAAUUAUAUACUGCAUUUCAGCAUACUCCAACAUCGAUUACUUUAACUGCUUCAAGAGUUUCCAAGGUUAAUGAUAAAAGAAGGAAAAAAAGUGGGGAGAAAGAGCAAAAUAUUUCAAAAUGUAAAAAAGCCUUUCGUGAAGGAUCUAGGAAAUCAUCAAGAGUUAAGGGUUCAGCUCCAGAGAUUGAUCCUUCAUCUGAUGGUUCAAAUUUUGGAUGGGAGACAAAAAUUAAAGCGUGGAUGGAUCGAUAUGAAGAGGCAAAUAAUAAUCAGUAUAGUGAAGGUGUUCAGAAGGAGGCACAAAGAAUAGCCCUGAGAUUAGGCAAUGGAAACGACAAAAAAGAAAUGAAUAAAUCAGAUUUGAAUACCAAUAAUUUACUCUUCAAACCUCCUGUAGAGAGCCAUAUACAAAAGAAUAAGAAAAUUCUGAAGUCUGCAAAAGAUUUGCCUCCUGAUGCACUUAUUAUUGAGUACAGAGGGAAGUUUAUGCUGAGAGAACAGUUUGAAGCAAAUGGAUAUUUCUUUAAGAGACCAUAUCCUUUUGUUUUAUUCUAUUCUAAGUUUCAUGGGCUAGAGAUGUGUGUUGAUGCAAGGACUUUUGGGAAUGAGGCUCGGUUCAUCAGGCGUUCUUGUACACCCAAUGCAGAGGUGAGGCAUGAAAUUGAAGAUGGAACCAUACAUCUUUACAUUUAUUCUAUACAAAAUAUUCCAAAGGGAACUGAAAUUACUAUUGCCUUUGAUUUUGACUAUGGGAAUUGUAAGUACAAGGUGGAUUGCGCAUGCCUCAAAGAAAAUCCAGAGUGCCCUGUUCUAAAACGUAGUUCUGAAUCCACGGAAAACAUCAAUAGCGGUUAUGAGACCAGAAGGAAAAAAGGAAAAAAAGACAAGGAUAUUGCAAAAGAGAAAGAUACACAAAAUCAGAAUAUUACUCUGGACUGUGAAGGAACAACCAACAAAAUGAAGAGCCCAGAAAAUAAACAGAGAAAGCUUUCUCCACUGAGAUUAUCAGUAUCAAAUAAUCAGGAACCAGAUUUUAUUGAUGAUAUAGAAGAAAAAACUAUUAGCAACGAAGUAGAAAUGGAAUCAGAGGAGCAGAUUGCAGAAAGGAAAAGGAAGAUGACAAGAGAAGAAAGGAAAAUGGAAGCAAUUCUGCAAGCUUUUGCCAGACUUGAAAAAAGAGAGAAGAGAAGAGAACAAGCUUUGGAAAGAAUCAGCACAGCCAAAACUGAAGUUAAAACUGAAUGUAAAGAUGCACAGAUUGUCAGUGAUGCUGAGGUUAUUCAGGAACAAGCAAAAGAAGAAACUGCUACCAAGCCAACCCCUGCCAAAGUGAAUAGAACUAAACAGAGAAAAAGUUUUUCUCGGAGUAGGACUCACAUUGGACAACAGCGUCGGAGACACAGAACUGUCAGCAUGUGUUCAGAUAUCCAACCAUCUUCUCCUGACAUUGAAGUUGCCGCCCAACAAAAUGACAUUGAAAAUGCUGUCCUUGCAAUAGAACCUGAAACGGAAACUGCAGUAGCUGAAAUAAUUCCUGAAACUGAAGUUCCAGCGCUUAAUAAAUGUCCUACAAAGUACCCUAAAACAAAGAAGCACUUGGUCAAUGAAUGGUUAAGUGAGAAGAAUGAGAAGACAGGAAAACCUUCAGAUGGUCUUUCAGAAAGGCCUCUGCGCAUAACUACAGAUCCUGAAGUGUUGGCUACACAGCUCAAUUCUUUACCAGGUCUCACUUACAGUCCCCAUGUAUACUCUACUCCUAAGCAUUAUAUUCGAUUUACUUCACCAUUCCUUUCAGAAAAAAGGAGAAGAAAAGAACCUACUGAAAACAUUUCUGGCUCAUGCAAGAAGCGAUGGCUGAAACAAGCUUUGGAAGAAGAAAAUUCUACAAUUUUACAUAGAUUUAAUUCACCCUAUCAAGAAAGAUCCAGAAGUCCUACAGUCAAUGGUGAAAGUAAAAGUCCACUACUAUUAAAUGAUAGCUGUUCCCUUCCAGAUUUAACUACACCACUGAAAAAACGAAGACUUUAUCAGUUACUAGAUUCUGCUUACUCCGAAACCUCCACACCUACUCCUUCACCCUAUGCUACACCAACUCACACAGAUAUUACUCCUAUAGACCCAUCAUUUGCUACUCCUCCACGGAUGAAAUCAGAUGAUGAAACUUAUAGAAAUGGUUAUAAACCUAUAUAUUCACCAGUUACCCCAGUGACUCCUGGUACACCAGGAAAUAGCAUGCACUUUGAGAAUAUUUCUUCCCCAGAAAGUUCUCCAGAAAUUAAGAGACGCACUUAUAGUCAAGAGGGAUAUGACAGAUCUUCAACCAUGUUAACACUGGGGCCUUUCAGAAAUUCUAACUUAACUGAAAUGGGUCUGCAAGAAAUAAAGACUAUUGGUUAUACCAGCCCAAGGAGUAGGACCGAAGUCAGUCGACAGUGCCCUGGAGAAAAGGAACCAGUAACAGACCUUCAACUGGGACUCGAUGCAAUCGAGCAAACUGCCUUACAUAAAACCAUGGAAACACCUACACAUGACAGGACUGAGUCUACCAGCCAACUGGAAUCUACUCAUUCUGGACGGGCCACGUUAUAUUCCUCAUGGGUAAAGAGUCCUGAUAGAACAGGAGUUAAUUUCUCAGUAAACUCAAACUUGAGGGAUCUGACACCCUCACAUCAGUUGGAGGUUGGAGGAGGCUUCCGAGUAAGUGAGUCAAAGUGCCUGAUGCAGGAUGAUACUAGAGGCAUAUUUAUGGAAACAGCUGUGUUUUGUACUUCAGAAGACGGGCUUGUAUCUGGUUUUGGACGGACCGUUAAUGACAAUUUGAUUGACGGAAGUUGCACACCCCAGAAUCCACCACAAAAGAAAAAGGUUUCUCUAUUAGAAUAUCGUAAGAGACAACGUGAAGCUAGGAAAAGUGGCUCUAAAGCAGAAAACUUUCCACUGGUUAGUGUAUCACCUCAUCCAAGUGGAAACUUGAACAGCACUGGUGAUGGGUGUGCCAACAGUAGUGAAAAUGGGGAGCAGGGAGAAAACACUGCUAGCCUACCUUUACCAACACCAGCUGCUGCUUAUGCUACUUCUGAAGAAACCAGCAAUAACUGUCCUGCUAAGGAAGCUUCUGCCAGUGAGAAGAAUGAACCAGAAGUUCAAUGGACUGCCUCAACUUCAGUGGAACAAGUGAGAGAAAGGAGUUAUCAGAGAGCUUUACUUCUCAGUGACCACCGAAAAGAUAAAGACAGUGGGGGAGAAUCACCAUGUAUCUCAUGUUCACCGAGUCAUGUUCAGUCUUCACCUUCAUCUCAUUCAAAUCACAUUCCCCAGUUGCAACCUAAGGGCCCAGUCCCUUCUUUCAGUGAACUUGCGGAAGACCUGGAUCCUGAAAACCCAGAACCCACGACUACAGAUGAAUGUCCAUCCCCAGAUACUUAUCAAAAGACUUGUAAAAGUCCUUCAAAAAUGAGCAAGCCUAGUUCACCUGGACCUAUAGUUCCUGCUCAGCCACAUGGGAAAAUACUCACAAAGCCAGAUUCCCAUUGGGAGGCGACAGUUACUGUACCAGAAGCUGAGAAUGGUGUUCACGUAAAAACAGAGCUCCAACAAAAACAGCUAUCAAAUAACACCCAAGCACUUUCAAAGAAUCAUCCUCCUCAGCCACACCUUCGCAGUUCAUCCGAGCAACUUUCACAAAAGCUGCCUUCUGCACCAGUAAAGUUGCACUGUCCUCCAUCACCCCACAUAGAAAAUCCUCCAAAGUCCUCGACGCCUCACACACCUGUACAGCAUGGUUAUCUUUCACCAAAGCCUCCUUCACAACAGUUAGGAUCUCCCUAUAGGCCUCAUCACUCACAGUCACCUCAAGUUGGAACACCACAGCGAGAGCCUCAGAGAAAUUUUUAUCCAGCAGCACAGAACCUUCAAGCCAAUACUCAGCAGGCAACUUCUGGAGCAUUAUUUACACAGACACCCUCAGGACAAUCUUCAGCAACAUAUAGCCAGUUUAACCAACAAAGUCUGAACAGCACGGCACCACCCCCUCCACCCCCUCCGCCUCCUUCUUCUUCGUCUUACUAUCAAAACCAGCAGCCGUCUGCAAACUUUCAGAAUUAUAGUCAGCUCAAAGGUAGUCUUUCCCAACAAACUGUGUUUACAUCAGGACCAAAUCAAGCACUUCCUGGCACCACAAGCCAGCAAACAGUUCCAGGACACCAUGCUACUCCAGGGCAUUUUUUGCCCUCUCAGAACCCUACUAUUCACCAUCAAACUGCUGCUGCUGUCGUCCCACCCCCUCCUCCACCACCACCUGCUCCAGGACCACACCUUGUACAACAGCCAAAUUCCCAUCAGCAACACUCUGUAGCACAUGUAGUAGGGCCAGUUCAUGCUGUGGCCCCUGGGUCACAUAUUCAUUCUCAAACUGCUGGACAUCAUUUACCGCCACCUCCUCCACCUCCAGGUCCUGCCCCUCAUCACCAUCCACCUCCCCAUCCUCCCACAGGACUCCAAGGUCUACAGGUACAACACCAGCAUGUUGUAAAUUCAGUACCCCCACCUCCUCCUCCACCACCACCUUCCAGUGUUUUGGCUUCUGGGCAUCAUCCCACAUCAGCUCAAGCCUUACACCACCCACCUCCUCAUCAAGGACCUCCACUUUUUCCUUCAAGUGCUCAUCCAGCUGUACCACCGUACCCCUCACAAGCUACACAUCAUACCACUUUGGGACCGGGACCCCAACACCAGCCUUCUGGAACAGGGCCACAUUGUCCAUUACCAGUCGCAGGUCCUCAUCUCCAGCCCCAAGGACCAAACAGUAUUCCAACACCUACUGCUUCAGGGUUCUGUCCGCAUCCUGGCUCUGUGGCCUUGCCACAUGGGGUUCAGGGACCUCAGCAGGCAUCUCCAGUGCCUGGACAGAUUCCAAUUCACAGAGCACAGGUGCCACCAACAUUUCAGAACAAUUACCAUGGUUCAGGGUGGCAUUAAUGGACUCCAAAAACAUUUUUUUUAAAUGUUCUGUAAGAUAAACUGUAUAUUUCAUAUGUACCUAUCAAGGUACUUUUUAAAGCUUGUACAUGAAACUUUGUAUAAAAACAAAAACAAAACACCAGUGCUCUUUCAUUGUAUUUUUCCCAUUUUUGCUUUUUAAAAUUCCUUUUAAAAUGUGCUGUUAAGCCAGUAUUUAGGUAUCUUUAUUUUGUAAGUGAACAUUCCAGCUGUUUUUCUGGCAGUAGAUUUGAUGCUACAUGAUCUUUAAAUUUUAUUGUUGCCGUUAAAUUCAUUUAGUGAAUGUUUUCUGUAUUAUUUUAUACAUAUGCAUUAAGUACACAGAUAAGUAAUGGCACUAUGAGGAUUUUUUUUUUUUCUGUCAGAAGUUCUGUGGGUGCAUCUUAGAUUAAAAAAAAAAAAAUGCAAUACAAAUUUUUAUAGUUUGGUGUGGACAUGGCCCGUUUUGUUUUAUCGGUUAUUUGCAAGCAAAAUGUAAUUUAAUGUAUAGAUGAUUUCUAAUGUCUCCUGAUAAACUGUAAAUAUUGCAUUUCUUUUGCGUAUAUAACUGCUUACAGCUUUUCUCAUUUGAUAUAUAGCAUUGUACAUAUGACAAGUCUUUUGCAAAACUGUGUGAUUUCUGUGAAAGUAGUACAGUAUAUGACUUUAAUUUCUUUUUUAUUUUAAAUAUACUGUCACAUUGAAGCACUGGUUGGGCAUUUUAAUUCAUGUUAAUAAAUCACAAUUAUGUCAGUUUUACCAAAUUGUCCCAUACAACUUCUAAGAUUGGGGUCUGGUUAGGUAAGUUACAACUGUAACAAAAGUUACAGUUUUCAAAUACAGUUUGUAAGGAGGCUUUGAUUUUCUGUAGUGACUACUACCUCACUUUAACGGCAGCAAGAGUCAGGAGGCAAUAAGGGGUUGGUUGUUCCCACCGUGUUCCUAACUUGUCAUUUUUGCAGGAACAAGAGCCAUAGGACACUUCUAAAUAUUCAUGCUAUGCAAAUUUUCUGACGUAUCGGACAUUAUGAAUCCAUACUAUUAAUGCAUUACACAUGAUACAGUUAUAGACUGCAAUUUAUAACAACUCUGAAAAUUAGUUUGCCUAAAAACAUAGGAAAAUUUAAUUUGUACAUUUUAGAACAUGACUGAAAUGUACCACUGAGUAAUCAAAAUGAUUUUGAAAACCUUACCAUUUACCACCUAGCUAUAGUAUAAAAACAAGUGGGAAAUACCUUUUUUUAAAAAUUUGGUUUGGGUUUAUAAAACUAAAGGAAAAAGGCAUUAUUAUUCUAAGAUCUCUCAAGUGAACAUUUUAUUACUAAAAUAUAAAAUGCUAAUUAUUACUUUGGAAAAAUAAGAAAUUCCCAGCCUUUGUCUUCUACCUCAGGAGGAUAAUUUAAGCGUAUCCAAUAGUAAUGACAAUAUCUGUCAAUACAUUUUUCACUAUCCAAUUACCUGACAUAAUUUGGCACAGCACACUAAUUUGUGCAUCGGAGGAAAAAAAGAGACUAAAAAUGACUGAGUAAGAUUCGAUAGUAAAAUCAUGUUUAUACUUUUAAUUUCCAUUUCCUUUUGAAAAUUAGCUAGUGAUGAUGGUGAGAUUAACACAGCUCUUGUUAGGGCUCAAUCCUAACCCUAAGUUUCAAGAUUUAGAAGAACUUAGGUCAACUUUGCCAUCCUUUACUUGUCAAACAAAAUUCUACUUAUGGUAUUCACUAAAGAAUUCGACUGAGAACUGGCUUCGCAUCACCCACCUCAGAUAGUUUCAAACAUGGAAUGCAGUUAACUACCAUGGUGAAAUAUCAACAUUCACCUCUUUAAAAGGAUGAUCCUUGUAAAGAUUUUUAAUUCCUCAGUUUUAAAUUUGCCUACUACACCGAACAAUGUAUGCAGAAGCUUUUGUGUAAUUCUUUUGACUCCUUGGUGAGGACAUACGCGCUCUCAAAUACUACCCUCUACAAAAAUUUCACGAAAAUUUUUUUUUAAAUGGGAGGAAAAAAUAGAAUUUAAUAAACAAUUUCAACUACAGACGCAAACUGAAGGUUUUUUUUUUACC